GCUGAUCGAUCCGAACCGAUGACCAGGCUGCGGAUGUGUCAAAAGAAAAACAGGUAAGGCUUUACUAUAUAAUAUACUGUAAUAAUGAUUGAGCCAGAAUUGUUUAAUUUCAAACCGCCUUUAAAUAAACAUGUGUAUGUACAAAAGCAAUGGGAUAAAUUAUUAGAAAAUAUAGACGAAUGUGGACUCACCCAUUCUAUUUCAGUCGUUUUGCCAGACACAAUUUUCAUUCCAAAUUAUAUUGAAAAUAUAUUCACUGAAAAUGGUCAAUACUAUCUGAUAAAAAAUGUUACCUUAUACUCUUUAAUAGAUCCUGGAUUUAUCACAUCUUUUGUGAAAAACGGCAAUGUUUAUGCAAUAUCUCUGAAUACUCACAUUGACGCUGAAGAUUGUAUUUCAAUAACAAACAGUAAUUUACUACAAAUGUCCUUAAUUCAAUCAUCCUAUCAGAAUAUAUGUCUACCAGUAAAAGACAAUAAAAUUACAUUGGAUUUAAAAGAAUUAAAAUUCAGUAGUAAAUCUUAUCAGCGUAUCAAAGAGAGUUUUGAACGUUUUCAGACCAAGUUUGACAUACUCGUUUGCUGGGAAUCCAAUAAUGAUGAUGUAUGUCCUUCAUCCAUAGCUUCAUACUUUAAUAAAAAUGGAUUUAAAUGUCAAGAAUGUAUUCCCCGAUCAACUACAAAUAGAAAAUAUAAUAUGACCAUCCCAACAGGCAUUGAUGAUUUUGGACUUCUAGAUACUUGGUUAUCAUAUUUUUCUUUAGAUAUUAAUAUCGAUGAUAAAAUGUCCAGUAUUUUACCCGAUGGAAAGUUAACAAAAUCAAAUUCUCGCAAUGUUGGUCAAGUUACUAAAAUUGUUUGGACAGGGUUUUUUGAUAAUCAUAAAGUAAAACUCUUAUUAGAAAAAUUCAGGGAAUUUCAGGAGAAGGAAGGCAAGAUAUAUUGGAUGGCAAUUCAUUUGGAGCCGUUUUCAAACUCACCAUAUCCUUGCACUCAUCGAACAAUUAUAUUAAAUCCAGAUGAGAAAUAUUUUGUUUCUUAUUGCUCAAAAUGUAAAAAAUGUUGAAUUUAAAAUUUAUGUUGUAUUUUUAAAAUAUUUUUAUUGUUCCAUUC